UUGACUUCUCGUGGCUUCACUUUAUAAAAGAAAUCAUAGGGAUAGAGAAAAAGAAGAGGAAGGAAUAAGAGAGAAAAAACAAAUAACUUUCGCCCCCCUUCUUCUUCUUCUUCUUCUUCGAAGACAAUAUUAGUGGAAGCAAUUUGCUCUCUUAGUUGAGUAAGAAGACAGCGUCACCUGCAGGUCACUGUGAAAGGUAGUGGAGCCUCACACGUGUCUCAACACUACGCGCUUCACACCAUAAGCGUUAUUUACUUUCCCGGAAAAUGACAGUGGUCCCACCUGCAAGUCGUUCGUUUUCUUUCUUUGAUGUUCAUAAAAAAAUGAAGCAGAGUCCAGGGAGACAAAAGAACAGGAGUAUGUUCAGAUCUCAUAGCUUUUAGGAAGUUCGCGUGGAGAAACGAGAGAGAGGAUUGGUGAGAAAAGAUUACGCACAGGAAGAGAGUGUAGAGAUGGCCUCUUCUGCUUCCCAACAUAUCAUGUCUUCGUCUUCGUCUUCGUCUUCGUCUUCUUCACCAGUCGACGAAACCCCCGCCCUAAUUCCAGGCCUCCCAAAUGACCUCUCAGCUCUGAUUCUGGCCUAUAUCCCGUAUUCGUACCAUGCUCGUCUGAGGUCCAUCUGCAGGUCAUGGAGGGCCUUCCUCUCCUCCAAAGCCCUAAUCUCCCUCCGCCAGACCCACCUCCCGAUCUCUCGUCUCUCUCACCUUCUCUGCCUUUUCCCUCGGGACCCCUCCAUCGCCUCCCCUUACCUCUUUGACCCGCGCUCCCUCGCGUGGUGCCCACUCCGCCCCAUGCCCUGCAACCCCCACGUCUAUGGCCUCUGCAAUUUCACCUCCGUCUCCCUUGGUCCCCACCUCUACGUUCUUGGUGGCUCGCUCUUUGACACCCGCUCCUUCCCCAUCGACCGCCCCUCCUCCUCCUCGGCUGUCUUCCGGUAUGACGUCGUUUCGUCCUCCUGGGAAUGUCUUUCUCCGAUGCUCUCGCCGCGCGGGAGCUUCGCGUGCGCCGCCAUACCCAAUUCGGAUCAAAUUUUGGUUGCAGGCGGUGGCUCGCGGCACACCAUGUUUGGGGCUGCCGGGAGUAGGAUGAGUUCGGUGGAGAGGUAUGAUGUGAAGAGGGAUGAAUGGGUGGCGCUAGAUGGGUUGCCGCGGUUUCGAGCCGGGUGUGUGGGGUUUUUGGUGGGGAGUGGAGAGGAGAGACGGUUUUGGGUGAUGGGAGGUUAUGGUGAGUCAAGGACUAUAUCUGGCGUGUUUCCAGUGGACGAAUAUUACAGGGAUGCUGUGGUGAUGGAAUUGAAGAAUGGUGGGAAGUGGAAGGAGCUUGGGGAUAUGUGGGAGGAAGGGGAUAGGAGGCGGCUGGGGAAGAUUGUUGUUGAUGAUGAGAAUCAGGGAAUGCCUAGCAUCUUCAUGCUCGAUGGUAUUGAUAUUUUUAGGUAUAACAUGGCAUCAAACACUUGGACGAAGGAAUCAUGUGUUCCAAGAAAGGGCCCCAUUGAUUCUGAAUUUGGUUUUGUUGUAUUGGAUGGGGAGCUCCAUGUAAUGACCCUUCUUAAUGGAGCUGACUCAGUUGAAACCCGAAGGCCACGGCAUCAAAAGAAGUCGGCAACAUUGUUCAUACAGAUUUACCAUCCUGGGAAGAAGACAUGGAGAUCACUGAUCACGAAGCCACCUUUCCAUUACCUUUUUGAUUUCAAAUCGGCAGUAAUGUGCACCAUCCGAAUAUAAUCUCAGAUGACAUGUUGUUAGCGCAGUUAUUCUUUGCUUAAAUGGUUAAAUGAUUCAACGGUAGGUUUGUCUGUAUAGAUCUUUUAGUCCUCUGCUGUCAGCAUACUUCCUAUGGGUUGUACAGAUUGAUGAUGUUAUUGGUCCUGGACUCGUUGGGAAAAGUAUCAGUUUAUUCUGAUUGGAUCCUAGUACCUAUGAAUUGUAUUGAAAUCAUUGUAGUUGAAUGAAUGUAGUUCUAUAUUCAAUUUGAGAA